GCUUCGUCUUGCUCAGUAUUCACUCAAACACAAUUGUUGUUUUGGGUUGCACGUAGAGUUUACUGAUUAAGAACGACUACAAUAAUAUUAAAUAAUAUUUAUCGCUCGUGUUUUUAUUUGUAACAAUGAUAAAUGUGAUUUUGUUUGUGAUGCUGGUGCUAGGCACAGCGAAAACGGAUCUAGCUGGCGAAUGUAACCUGGCUGGCUUCUAUUUUGAACUGGGCUGCACUCCAGUCCCUCCAGCUGAUAACACUACGAUCUGCCCUGAAGCUUUCACCUGCCCAGACUUACACCCCGACCCUAGCAUGUGCUAUUACAGAGGAAAACCAUACGCUGAUCGCUCCACCAUACCUCAGGUCGCCAUCAACAACCCAUGCUCGCAAGCCUGCAGCUGCAGCACAUCUGGCGGGCCACAAUUCGAUUGCGCCGCCGUCGACUGCGUGGAGAUAUUUGACACAGAUAAGGAGCAGCAAUGUAUCAACACCUUCGAAUUAGACUCGUGCUGUAGUACCGGCACAGUUUGUGGUAAAGAUGAAAUCGCCAAGCUGAAGACGUGUGAAGUUGACGGUCAGACGUACAUGGAGGGUCAAACUUUCGAACCAAAGAACACCCGAAAAAGUUGCAUAUGUACCGCGCAAUGGAACGGUACCACUGACAAUCCGUCGUAUUGUAGAGAUAUCAAUUGCGGAUUGGAAAUCCAUUAUCAAGAUAAAAUAUUCGAUAAUUGCGCACCUGUGUUCGCUGGAAAUAUGAGAAGUUGCCCUAUUGCUUUCCAAUGUCCGUCAUCGUCUUCGAAGGUGAUACGUGGUCUGAACAUACGCAGCAUCAGCGAGCAGUGUUCCUUCGGCAAUGUAACUCUGUCAGUGGGAGACGAGGUCACAGUGGAGGACAAAUGUACCAAAUGCUCUUGUGAUGUACCGCCAUUUGUAUCUUGUUCCAGAAAAACCGCAUGUUACGAAUAAUUUAUACACGAUUCUCUCUCUUAUUUUUACAUGAGACUCUGUAAACUUCGUUGCCUACGUGUAUAUUUAAAAAUAUUUCCAUUACAGCUGAUUUAUGUUUAACGUCGUUUAAACCUUUCCCAGUCUCAAAUAUUUAAUAAUCAUAAUUAUUAGCCAAAUUGGUCCAUCCAUCAUCAAUUUUUAUGCGAGAAGUUAUAAGAUUUGUAUUACCCACUAAUAAUAUUUCUUGAAUUCAUAAAAAACAUCUUCUAUAUAUUUUUCCAGAUUGUUUUAUAUUAAUAGAAGCUUAUCGUUUGGCGUGUGUGAUUUAUAGAUUUCAAUUUUACGGAACAAAUUGAAUGCAUGUAAUUGUAAUUAGUAAUUCGAUUCAAAUUGUAGUUGAAUAAAGCUUGUUUAUUUAUACGCAAUUAUAGAAACUAACAAAAUUCUCAUAAAGCAGUUUUAACUAUGGGCACAUAUAACAUAAUACUUAUACUUUAUGGUCAUAUUAAAUUUACUUAAAGAGUCAACUCUAAUUUAAUUUUCAUCUCUCUUAAUUUUUCUAAACAUUAAGGGUUAAAAUAAAACAAAUCUUCGUAUUCAUGACAUUUAAUUGAUAUAUUUAUAAAAGUGUAAAUAUAGGUACUUGAUAAUCUCAUUAGUCUUAACAUUUUAUAGGAUUACAUCUUCACUUAUAAAUUAACUUAAUUCUACUUAAGGUUAUUUACAAUUAUGUACACAGCCUUAUGAACCUUCAUAAAUAGUUAUAAGAUAAUGUUGUGACGAUUUAUUUACAAAACUUUAAGUACUUAAACUAGCAAUAAAAUUAAUUUGAUACA